UGUUGCAACUGCCAAAAAGGCACAGUUGCUUAUUUUUUGCAAAAAGGUAGUAGGAAGAUUCCACAGAAACUGGGGGACUCAGCUGUUUACACUGGGUUUCUGGGUUCUGGGCCCGUAUCACCACCUGUGGAUGGUGUGGUUCAUUUGUUUUAUACCUGAGACUUGCAGAGCACUAAGUGGAUUUCCUCCACACCAACAGAAUUUCUCUGGGAAGCCUGCACGUGGACUCGGGUUUGCAAGGAUGAAAAAGACCUGUAGUUCAGACACCUUUCCGCCCAGGCUCUCCGUCCUCCUCGUCCUCCUGCAGCUCCUGUCCAGCUCCGCCACUGCACAUGGGAAGGCUGACUUCACCGUCUCUGGGCCUGGCGAGCCCAUCUGGGCCAUGGUGGGGGCAGACGCAGACCUGCCGUGUCAUCUAUCCCCUAACAUCAGUGUUGAGGAUAUGGAGAUGCGGUGGUACAGAGACCAGCCUUCCCAGGCGGUGCACGUGCACAAGAAAGGCAAGGACAUGCAGGAAGAGCAAAUGGUGAGGUAUCGCGGAAGGACAUCCUUGGCGAGGGCUGGGCUGGCCCAGGGUCAAGCCACAGUGAGGAUAUACAAUAUCAGCGCUUUGGAUAAUGGGACGUUCCACUGCCACUUCAAAGAUGGCACCACGUUCCAGGAGGCCACGCUGCAGCUGAGGGUGGCAGGGCUCGGCUCGGAGCCCACAGUCUCCGUACGAGUUGACCAGGACAAAGGUGUGCGGGCAGAGUGCACCUCAGCAGACUGGUACCCAGAGCCCCAAGUCGAGUGGACAGACUUCAAGGGACAGAUCCUGCCUUCCGUGACCAAUCUCUCGGCCUCGCCAAUGACUGGCCUCUGGACUGUGGCAUCCAGUGUGACCGUCCAGCAGGACAGCGUUGUGGAGGACCUCUUGUGCUCCAUCUCCAACCCCCUCCUCUCGAAGAGGAAGGUGGCCAAGAUCCUGCGGUCCGCUUCCUUUUCUAGAAGGUUCUGGUCCACAGCGGAGUGGAGAAUAGCCCUGCCUCUGACCCUCGCUGCAGUGGCGCUCAAAGUAGCCACAGUCAUCUGCAUCUUCUGGAAGCUGCAAAGGGAAAAGAAUGGGAAGCGGCUGGAAGAAGAGAGACUGCGUGCAGCAAAGGCGCAGGAUUCGCAAGCCAGCAGGAACGGGGACUCGCCACUCCACGAGAGAUGGCAAGAGGAGCUUGGCUGGAGAGACAACGGCCUCGUCUACGUGAGCCCAUCCCUGGACCCCGACACUGCAAGCCCCAAACUCGCCCUGUCUGAGGAUGGGAAGAGUGUGAGGCGCCAGCCCUUGGAGCAAGAGCUGCCGGACGACCCUGGCCGAUUUGACCUGGACCCCUGCGUGCUGGGCCAGGAGCAGCUCUCCGCCGGGAGGUACUACUGGGAAGUCCAGGUGGGGCGCAGGAAGGCCUGGACCCUGGGCGUGUGUCUGGAGAGUGUGGGUCGGAAGGGAAGGGUCCCCAAGUCCCCCCAGCACGGGAUCUGGGCCUUGGAGUUGUAUAAGAAAGUGCUCUGGGCCCUGGCCUUCCCGAGGGUCCGCCUCCACCCUCCCGAGCUCCUGUGCCAGGUGGGCAUUCUCCUAGACUGUGAUGCCGGCAGGGUGUCCUUCCACCACGUAGCAGAUGGAUCCCUGGUCUACGUGUUCACUGGGCUCCCUAUCUCAGCCCCCCUGCGGCCAUUCUUCUGCCUCUGGACACACGACCCCAGCCCCCUGACUGUCUGCUCAGGACACCAACCCCCAGAGGCCUCAGACCCACAGGGUCAGGGACAGGAGAGGGCCAGAGACCUGCCUCCAAUGGGAGAGACCCUCUCCAGCCCAGUCCAUCCCAGCGUGGUGUGAGACUCAUCCUGUCCCCUAAAACCCAGCUGGACCUCGCACAGGGCUGCAGCUUUGUGAAUUAUCCCACUUUACCUUCAGUUUUCUCCUCUGCAGAAUGAUAACAAUAUAUUAUGGGCUGCAUUGUGCCCCUGCCCCAAACUCAUAUGUUGGAGCCCAGGCCCCAGGACCUCAGAAUGGGGCUGUAUUUGGAGAUGGGGUCUUUAAAGAGGUAAUUAAGAUGAAAUGAGAUCACGAGGGUGGGUCCUUAUUCCAUAUGACUAAUGUCCUUAUAAGAAGAGGAGAUCAGGACUCAGGUACACAAAGGGGGACAACCAUGUGAAGACACAGGGAGGAGACCACCAUCCACACACCAAGGGGAGAUUCCUCAGGAGAACUAGUCCUGCUGCUCCAGGACUGUUUAAGCCCCAAGUCUAUGAUAUUUGUUACACAGCCUGAGCUGACGGAGACACCAUAUUAUACACCAUUGGGUGAUUUGG